AUUUUAGUCUAUAAGAGAAAAAGAAGAACGAGCUGCUUCCACUGAAAUAAAUCACACUCGUCCUGUCACUACACGUUUCUUCCUGGUCGAACAUAUUCUGUGUUUUUGUUUGCUUUCAUUGUUUUCACACGCUUUCCUGGAGUUUGGUGUACACAUUUCCCCGUCACGCACACUCACACUGUAGACGGGAGCUGUCUCCGAGGCGGCCGCAGAUGGACUGGAUGCACAGGAUGUGGCUAGCAUCCUGUCUCAUUCAACACUUUCUCAUCCCCCCCGUUAGUGAGAGAUGGUACAAAUUCUGCUGCGCCAUCAGGCCCGCGAAGUCUCUCCAGUCAUUCUUAGAGUUUGGCUGCCGUGGGUGAUGAGCGAUGGGCACGGCGUUGACGAGCGUUGCCUGGAGGAGUAAGGUGAGACAGAUUUGCUGAGAAUGGAAGCCGGCCGAGUGGAAACACACAUCGGAUCAGAAUUAGACAGUCAUUAAAGCGGGAGGGUCGUUAAUCAGCUCGACAAAUAGCGAUACGGUUCAGUCCUCGGAUCCAAUUCGACGUGUUUGCACUUUGGUUAAUUUCCUCUACCUGCUUCAUCCUCGUCUGAGCUCGCCAUACGCCAGCAUGCAUCACGUGACAGGAACAUCCGUCUCCAGACCAGCCCUCUGCUCCACAACCAUGAACUCCUCGCCCCAUGGCUCCCACGCCUCCAUCGACAUCCUGGAGGAGCUCCAGCUGAUUGCCGCGCAGAACCUGGAGAAACUGGACAUCAACAAAUACUAUGAGGUCGUCUGCGAACUGGGGAAGGGCACCUAUGGGAAGGUGGACCUGGUCAUCCACAAAAUCAGAGGCACAAAGAUGGCUCUGAAGUUUCUGAGGAAGAAGACCACCAAGCUGAAGAGCUUCCUGAAGGAGUACAGCAUCUCCCUCUACCUGUCGCCCUGCCCGUUCAUCAUCAACAUGUACGGCAUCGCCUUCGAGACCGACGACUACUACAUCUUCGCCCAGGAGUACGCUCUGGCAGGAGAUCUGUUCGACAUCAUCCCUCCACAGGUGGGACUUCCUGAGACGAUCGCCAAGCGCUGCGUCCACCAGGUGGCGAUCGCCCUGGACUACCUGCACUGUAAGAAGCUGGUCCACAGAGACAUCAAACCGGAGAACGUCCUCAUCUUUGACAAAGAGUGCCGCAAAGUCAAGCUGUCAGACUUUGGCAUGACGCGGCGCGCCGGCUCUCCGGUGAAGCGCGUGAGCGGCACGAUCCCGUACACGGCGCCCGAGCUGUGCGACACCACGCGGCACGAGGGCUUCUGCGUGGACUACAGCACGGACGUGUGGGCGUUCGGCGUGCUGCUGUUCUGCAUGCUGACGGGAAACUUCCCCUGGGAGAAGGCGAUGCCUAACGACGCCUUCUACGAAGAGUUUGUGCGCUGGCAGCGACGCCGGACGGGCACGGUGCCGUCGCAGUGGCGCCGCUUCACCGACGAAGCUCUACGCAUGUUUCGUAGGCUCCUCUCCAUCGAGCAGGAGCGCCGCUGCUCCGUCAAAGAAGUCUUCAGCUACUUCAACCAGUGCUGGAUGUUGGACACGGAGAACGGAAACGGCGGCGGCGGGGGCUUAGCGAGCAGUGCGCCUCCUCUGGACAUCAGCUCGUCCUCGUCCGAAGAGGACGUUUUAGUGGACAGACUGAAGCAGCAGAGCCUCUCGCCUGCUUGCGUGGUGGCGAAAGGAAGCAUCAUGAUGGACACCCACUACUCCUCCAUGUCCGCCAACAGCUCGCCGUCGUCCACCGGCAGCUACGAGCGCGUCAACAGAGAAAACAACGAAAGGGGACGCAUCCUGGUGGCGACACCCAUCGAGAUCUGCGUGUAGACGGCGGCCGACGCUGCGUUACGAUCUGCCCGCUCGCGCACGUGAGGCUGCCGCGAGCUGAAGAGGAAGAUUUCUCCGAGUUUGAGAAGGAAAGCGUGACGACUUGGUGCUUGGCGUCAGGAAACUCUCGACAAACGUUGUAGCUUCACUGCGGAUUCGCUCAUUUCUGAUGAAGAUGAACUCUGAGGAAAUGACCUGCGAGGCGAUCACACGCCUCCUGGACGCGGUUUAAACUGAACCUGUAAAAAAAACAAAAAACAUAAUCCACAAGCAAUAUGUUCAAAUGUUUGAAUAAUCCAGUCACUGCAAAAAUAAUCUGUUAACACGAAGAUCGACGAGAUGAUCCGUGACUGCCGGUACUGUUGUGUGUUUAUCGUCGUUUCAUGUUUGGUAGAUCCGUAAAGUGUUUUUUUGUUUGUUUUUUUUUGUAUAUUUUU